AUGAAACGACAAGAUGAGCUGCAUAGUGGAACCGACGCUAUUGAGCAGAUGCACCUGAGCUUCCACCUCUCCGGUCAAGCAAAGGAGUGUGGUAGUUCAAGCGCGGAAGACGAGCACGAUCCGGGCUACUUCGCCAGAUUAACGCGCCCAACCAAGGCCGUCAAAGCAUUCAACAAGUGCAACCUCUGGGCGACACCAGAGUCUAUACAAAUAGCCCACUUUGCGCUCUCGCUGGAUCGCGUCUCCAUCGAAAAACCGCCAGCAGUCCAUCGGGCACCGAAAUGGGUGCCGGCGCAUCAGCAACCAUGGGCGAAACAGCAACAGGUUGUUCCCAUCAGAAAAAGCAUCAACUACAACGCACAAGAAAUCUCAUGA